AAAAAAAAAAAAAAAAGGUGUUGGAGAAUUGGAGCACCUGGGUGUCAUGAUAUGGCUUGUUUCAAGAGGAUCACUGGGGCUGCUGUGCUUAGAAUACCUGAAGAGCAAAGGAAGGGACUAGAGAACUCCACAGCGGUAACCUUGGCCAGAGAUGGUGGCUCCGACACAAUUACGAGUUUGACAGGAAAGGAGUUUAAGGGGAGGUCUGGGCUGGGGGCUAACAGUUGGAACUCAAAAGGUAUCUAAUCACGGAGAUGGCGUUUCCUCUAUCACUAACUUACUAGUAGUGAACUCGAGUAAACCACUUCUAGGUUCUGAGCCUCAGUUUCCCUACCAGCGAAACGGGGAGAAUAUUCCCACAUCGUGGGGCCUUCAUGAGAACGAAAUGGUAAGUGUUCAAGGCUGACCGUGUGCAGAGUGAGACCCCUGCGCCAAGACCUGCGCGAGGCGUCCGGAAAGGAGGGAGCCGCCGCAGAAUUGUUGACCGACUUCCGCGUCAGCAGCGGAGGAUCCGAGAGCCCAAGCAGUUACCAGGCAAAAGAACCGCCAGGGCGGGAAACCCAGCGCGGUUCGCGGCUCCCAACCUCGCGAGAUUUGUUAGCCGGGCAAAAGUCACCCGUCCGGCCACAUCUCGCGAGGCCGAGGUUCCAUCGGUGGAUUUGGGUUUGCGGGGAAGAUGGAGUAUCCCGCGUUGGGCACGGUGCAGGCCACGGACAGCGGAGGGCUCCAGCCAUACCUCAGCUCCGAGGAGCCGGAGGGCCGGGAACCGGACGGGCUGCGCUUCGACCGCGAGAGGGCGUGCCGCCUGUGGGAGGCAGUGUCCGGGGCCCAACCAGUGGGGAGGGAGGAAGUGGAGCAUAUGAUCCAGAAGAACCAGUGUCUCUUCACCAACACCCAGUGUAAGGUUUGCUGCGCCUUGCUCAUUUCAGAAUCUCAGAAGCUGGCACACUACCAGAGCAAAAAACAUGCCAACAAAGUGAAGAGAUACCUAGCAAUCCAUGGAAUGGAGACAUUAAAGGGGGAAAUGAAGAAGCUAGACUCAGAUCAGAAGAGCAGCAGAAGCAAAGACAAGAACCAGUGCUGCCCCAUCUGUAACAUGACCUUUUCCUCCCCUGUCGUGGCCCAGUCGCACUACCUGGGGAAGACCCACGCAAAGAACUUAAAGCUGAAGCAGCAAUCCACUAAGGUGGAAGCCGGGAAGGGCUACCCAUGCAAGACAUGUAAGAUAGUGCUGAACUCCAUAGAACAGUACCAAGCUCAUGUCAGCGGCUUCAAACACAAGAACCAGUCACCAAAAACAAUGGUAUCAUCUCUGGGCCAGAUUCCAAUGUAAAGACAACCCAUUCGAAAAGACUCAACUACUUUGGAAGACUAGAGGUGUUUCUGUCCAGCACCCCAGGUUGAAUCAGCCAUGAGCCAGCCUCCUCCUGACCAUGACCAUGGUCAGCCCUUGGCUCCCUCUUCCUCCUUUCUUACAUAGACCUGAGGAAUAGGCCACAGGCAGCCUCUGAUUGGUCCAGGCAAAUCCACCCGUGUUCCUCUCCUUUGGAAUGGGCCCUGAAAGUCAGGACAAAGGGGGAUUUUUAGAGGACUUGGGUUCUCACAGGGUAGUAGUUUAGAGGAUGGCCUUUCCCCUUCCCUGGCCCUUCUAGGCCACAUGUCAUGAGGCUCCAGUCCUGUAUUUCCUCUGCAAGUCAGUUUUGGACCACUCCUUGCAGCUAAACAACUGAGCUCUCCUGGGCUCUAGGCGUCUUCAAUGAAAUUUGGCACUUUCAUGCCAUACCUUGGCCUAGGCAGGAAAGGGCAGAUGAAAAUAGCUGCCACACGGAAGCUUAGAGAUAAUGUGACACUCACCCUCCCCCAAAAAUGUGCAGACUUUCCUAAGCCUGGGACCAGAUGCUGGCCAGUUGUAUAGGUUUCUGCCCACUGUGAAGUCUCCUCCUGGAGCAAUGCUACAGUCCUGGCAGAGUGUUGCUGUCCCUCCUGCCCCUUCUCCACAGUUCCUGAAUGGUGCUAAGGACCUGCAGCAGCUGGAGGCAAGCUAGAGCUGGAGAAGGCCUCAGUACCUAGUGGGAUCAUGGAAAGGCUCCAGUGGGGCCUUUCCUCUGUGUCAGAGGUGCUCUGACCCAGUUCACAUGGGAAAGUCCCCAUAUGCAAGUCUGCUUGAUGGUUCUUGAGCCAGCCAGCUCAGAGAUUCAUUGCUGCCCAUUGGCCUCCACUAGCUCUUUCCUUCCCCAUGUGCAGCAGACCAUCUGCCCAGGUUGCUGUGGUGCUACCCCUCCCCCAUCACUCGCCAGGAGAUUCCUGGGUACCAGGUAAAGAAAGGAGGGCUGGCACAAGUUUCCAUGGUGAGGAAUCAGAUGUUCCCCAGGCCCCAAACCUAGAUUUCUCCAGCUCUGCCAUGCUUUAUGGCCUUGGACUUCACUGGGAGUAUAUUUUCCUUAUAUCUUUCAAGCAGGAAUUCUAGGGAGUGGUACCAUCAGAGGCCCUCCUUCAUUGGGCCAAAGAAGCCCCUAUUCUGCUCUCAUCACCUCUGCCUCCCACUCCCUAUCCCUUGCCUGUGAAAUGCCUUUAGUAUUGUGUGUGGGUAUGUGCUUAUGCUCUGUCUCUUGGUCACUGAAGCAUCUAAAUAAAGAAUUUAUCCCAUGAGCCAGACUGCAACUUAACAGAACUAGGACUUGGGGCCAUAUUGCCAUUGGGUCUAAUAUGUAUAUCUUGAUCCCUCACCCUUAUCCCAUUCAUACUCCACGGUCCUAAAUACUGGUCUUAGGAAUUGGGACAGAGAGAGGCAUCCAAAUUGUUUGGCAACCCUGAGGAAGUCUUCACACGUGCCCUAAAUUCAAUAGAACCUCAUCUGUUCAUUCACCUUCCCCGUAAUGGAGAGCCUCAUGGAAGUCUCUAGAAAAUGUAAACUAGUAACCUGCUUUGCUUGAGAGGAUUUUUCUGGCUGCUAUGUACAGAAGGGAUGUAGGAGAGCAGGAAAGGACACAGACAGAGGUCAAUGGAGGCUGUGUCCAAUAUGGCUCUUUCCAGGCUAACCCCUUCAGGGCAGAGACCUAGCCUUGUUCAUCUCCACUUCCCUGAUAUACAGAGUGGUGUGUCAUGAAGUGUUUCUUGAAUGAACGAGUGAAUGAAUGAAUAUGCAUAAGGAGAAAUGGCCCUGGUAAUUCUUGGAAGAACCUUUUCCAUGACCCAGAAAUGAGCUGAGAAAGGAGUAUGAUGGCUUCAGGAGUCCUUUGUCCAACCUUUGUUUCAGACGGUCACAUGUGAGGAAGGUGCUCACAUAGCUUUAGCUCCCAUUCUUCACUCAGCAAACUGUUCUUGAGCACCUGCUCCAGGCCAGCUGGCAAAGACCCUACACAGCCCCAAGUGUGGAUUCUCAGCUCUCAGCUUCCAAAGCCCAGACUGCCUCAGCAUUUUCCCCAGAAUCCUUCUCUCCCACCCAGGAUGUCAGAAUUGGGCCCAUCUACCAAGCAAGGAAGUGAAGUGAAGGGCAGAGGAAUGGUGGGCUGCCAUACCAUGCCAUACUCUUGGCCUGCAGGACCGCUUUGGAUUCAGGAGUCCCUGCCAGCUGUGUUCCCAGCCCGGUGGCAUGGGGAUACAGGAAUGAACACUUUUCUUUGGAGAGCUUACCACUGUUAAAGACCAUUAUGGCAGUGGUCAGAGGUUCAUACUGGGUGCUGUGGGAAUGCACAGGAUGCAGGCACUAACUCAAGCCAAGGGUAUGAAAAGCUGGAGAAGUUGGGAAACCAGCAUUUGAUUUGCAUAACAAUCUUUUGAACUAGGUGAUGGUAUUCUAUUUUCUAGAAAAGGAACAAGGCUUAGAGAGGUGAGUGAUUUGCCCAAGGCCUUGCCACUAAAACGGCAAAAUGGGGAGUGGAAUCGGUUGUCUAGAUUCCUAUUCCAGAACCCUUUCAAACAAGGACCAGAGUCCUUCCCACAUGACCCCCUGGCCUGCCUCACCUAUCUGGCUGGGUCAUGGUCUCAGAGCGAGCAGCCACUCAGGGCAGGGUAGCAGCAGCACCCACAAAACAGGUCACACAAGGUUCAUUGAUUAUUUUAUAUUCCAAGCCCCCUCAUACUUCUCAUAAUUUUACCCAAGAUUCUCAGUGUAUUCAGCUCUAAUUGUAACUGUGAGAAACUUGCAAAGGCUAGCUAAAAAGGAAAUUUACUGAUUCACCUAAUGAAAAAACUUGGUACAGGGAUGGCUAGACCCAGGUUCUGACAGUGUCAUUAGUAAGAAUUCAAUCUCGCCAUGCUUUCCUCUGUGUGGCCUCCCUUGGGCAGACUGCAGAAAGUGGCAAGAUGGCCACUGGCAGCUCUAAGCUUAUAUCCUGAUAGAUUAGCAACUGCAGUGGGAAGAACAUCUUUUUCUAUUAGUUCCAAAAAAAUGCUGGGACUGACUCAUUAGCCAGCUUGGUCCAGUUCCCAUCCCUAACCAUUCACUGUAGGUAGGAGAAAUGGUGCUUUGAUUUGGGGCCUGCAAAGGAAUGAGCUCCACCUAAAACUGAUUGACUGAAAGGGAGAGAUGUGUCCCUAAGAGAAGAAAGUGUAGGGCUCUCUCCAGGCUAAGGGAGAAGAUUGGGUGUAGAUGGGCAAAAAUAACUUGUCGGCCACACCAGAAAGUGUCUUUAUUUAACCAUUUCUUUUUUAUUUUUACCCAGACGUUUUGAGAUACAGGAUACAUUUAGUAAUGUGCGCCAAUUUUUAGAGUACAGUUUGCCGAGUCCUCCUCACAUAUGUGUAUUCAUCUGGGCAUUCACCCUCCAGAUCAAAAUACAGAACAUUGCCAGCUCCCCAGAAGGUUCCCUUGUUUCUCUUUCUAGUUAGUAUCCCUCAGAGGUAAACACUAUUUUGAUCUCUAUCACCAUAACUUAGUUCUGCUUGCUCUUGAAUUUUAUAAAAAUGGAGUCAUACAUCCAUUUUUGCUCAAUAUUAUGUCUGUGAUUUCAUCCAUGUUAUUGUGUAUAUCAGAAGUUCAUUUUUUUCAUGCUGUGAGGUAACUCAUUAUAUGAAUACACCACAAGUUAGCCAUUCUGUUGAUGGACAAUUGGGUUGUUUCUAGUUUUGAACUAUUAUAAAUAAAGCUGCUGUGAAUCA